UCGAGAUUUGGGACGAACGUUUCGAACGUCUUUGCGAAACUUGAUAGUGCGGCAAUUUCAGUGAAAAUAAAAUAUAUAUUAAUUGCUAUUCACACAGUAAAAGCGUUCAUUUAGUUUGUGAAGUGACAGUGAGGCUUUGUUACAGUGGGCUUAACGUUUCGCACUUGAGUUACGCUAUAUUACAGAAUAUUAAUCAGCUGAUUUCCAGUACAUUUUUUGUAUGGAGGGUGAUUUAAAAAUUUUGAAACUCAAACUUCCCCUCAAUUUUCUUUUAUAAAAUACACGCCUGCCAUCUGUUCAAAUAGCAUUCCGGCGAGGACGGACUCUUGCUGUUGGUCUCACAGCGCCAUCUGUGAACGUAAGGCGAAACUAUUUACCUAGACACCUAAAAGAACCAUCACGAUGCCACAGUGCGCAGCCUGUGGUAAAUUUUUAUCACCUGCGAAUGCCGCUGGUUGUGGUACAUGUCUAUUAAAAUUCCAUAAGGCUUGCCUGGGAAUACCAGAAAAAUCACAAAUCGGCAAGAACUGGGUUUGUCUGGCAUGCAAACGGAACUUGCGGAAGGGUGAUAAUAGCGAGACGCCGGUGAAGGGGCUCUGCGACGAACGGACCGCCGAAGCACCGGCCCAUGACGGUGUGACGCUCGACGCACCUCCCGGCGUCGUUGUUGAGACGGAUCCGGAUUCGGAAGCGGCAGCCUGCACCCCCUCUGAUGUCAAGGGCUUGUUGGAGUUUCGUCAGUUGUUUACAGAAUGUAUGUCGGAGAUGCGGGAGUUCAGGAAGGAAUUGAUGUCACUCCAUUCAUCCUUCAAGGCAGUGACAGAGCGACAGGAUCUGAUGGACAGAAGGCUGGACGGCAUGGCGCUGAAGCUGGAGGAACUCGAGGGUCGUCUCGCUGCUGGGGCGCCGUCGCGGGUGGUGGAGCUGGAGCGUGUAGUAUCGGAACUCAGGGGCGAGCUCAACAUGCGGGAUCAGGAUGCUCUACUGGCGGAUCUGGACGUCGGAUCGGUUCCGGAGGAGAAGGGUGAAAAUGUGACGCACACCGUGACUGCUCUGGCUUUGCGUCUCGGUAUAACCCUGGAAGAGCGCGACGUGGUAUUCGCCGAGCGCGUGGGUGCCCCUCCGGCUGCCGGUGGUUGCGCACGCCGGAUCGUGGUGCGGUUGUCCCGCCGUGGUCUGCGUGAUGAGGUGCUGCGUGCCGCCCGGACUCGUCGUAACCUUGAGGCUUCAAAUGGAACACGCAUAUAUAUCAACGAGCGGUUGACUCGCCAUAAUCGCCAGCUGUUUCUCCGGGUCCGCGAGGGGUGCCGUCAACGGAACUGGCGCUACUGCUGGACCAGGCACGGCUGCAUUUUUGCUCGACAGAGUGAUGGACAGAGGGUAUUGCGAUUUCGCUCGGAUGCUGAUCUCGAACGAAUAUUUAAUAUUCCUCAGAGGAGUUCCCCGGGACCAAAGCUGCCGGAUGGUCAUGAUGGUCAGUCAUUGCCAGCCUAUUCUGGUGCUGGCACUACUGAUGACCGUCCGAUGUGA